CGGCAUUCUCUUGAUUUUAUGGAUGAAAUAAUUGUGAGUUAAAAAGGUAACAUCUCCUUCGACUUACGAAAAUCAAUCCUUCAAUGAAAAUUAACUGCAAUAUCUUUAAAAAAAAUAUUAAUUCAGUAAAUUAAAUGGAAAUCUUCAAUUGUAUUCUUUGGAGGAAUUCCAUCCAAAUUCUGCUAGCGUGUCAAAUUGCAUUUUUCCCGGUGGUGCUCUGUUUUGGAACGUUUCAUCAAAAAAGUUCUGAACCUGAAAUAACGACCCAAAUCGGUCCCUCGCAAGAAGAUAAAGAAAUUUUGCAGGAGGCAUUACACCUGCUUAAUAUGGGAAAGAAAACGUUAGGCCUAAGCACGGUUAAUCCUCAACAAGUAAUGCAGUUGGUGAACAACUCCAAUGCUAAAGAUACACAGAUUCGAAAUAUUCUACAGAAACCACUGAACCAUUUUGUGCCCAACAGUGAACAAUACAUGGUUUUGUCGGGUAAAAACGGACACAUACAGCUGGUCAAUUACACGAAUACUACGUUUCCUCCAGAAGAAAUUCGACCCAAUAACAGUGUUAUAGAAGAUUUGUUCAAGAUAACCAUGGAGAAGAAAUCUCCGAUAAAGACAGGAAAGGGUAAAGUGUUUCACAGAAUAACCAUCAUCGAGACUAAUCAGCAAAAACCUUUCGACGAGAAAAAUUUCCCUCGUCACAUCAUAACAGCCAAUCGUCCAUCCGAGCGUCACAAAAUGAGCUCUGUGAAUAAUCCUUUCUCCUUACCUCGCAUUAGAACGAAACGUAUGAAACAUCAAAUGCCUGAGACAGAUCGUCCUGGAAUGAGCUUAAGAUCUAACGCCAAAAACGCCAACGAGAAAGAAGACAGCAUAAAUCAAGUUGCCAACUUGGAAAGUUCCAGAGUUCCAUUACGCCGACACAGGAUUCGAUCCUCGCGCCAUUUUCAUUCUCUAAAUUAUCCAAAAUCGACUAAAGUUGAUACUCCUCAACUUAAAAAAAUCAGCUUCCUGGAAGAAUACGGAAAGAUAGGUUCCGUCCAAGAGUAUUCUGGCAACAUCGGAUAUUCUUUGAAUUUUCCCAAACCUGGCCAAGAUAAUUCUCAAUUGCUUACGAAAGACGACAAUUAUCUUGAGUCGGAUCAAUACAGGAAGAUAGAUUCCGAUCAACAGUAUUCUGGCAACCUUUUGGAACAACAACCAUCUCUUGAAACUCACUUGCUUUUGUCGCGGGAAAACGCUUUUAUAAAUCGCGUCUUGCGGAUGGUAAUAAAUGUAAGAAGAGGAGAAGAAAGAACCAUAAGUUUUAAAGUUUUGGCUAUUAUAAUUCUGAUUCUGGCAGUCUUAACGCUGUUAGUUUUCCUCCUAUACAGGUAA